UCCUCCUUUGCUUGCACAGUAGUCCUUGUCCAUCACGCAUUUAUUUAACAUUCCACUUGCCUGGGCAGUUCUGAAGACUGGACUGAGUCCAAGCUAAUUCUGUAUAAGUCGCAUCCAACUCAUUAGCAAGCACCCAAUACAGAGCAAUAAUCUGCAGGAGACCCUAGAUUCCCUCGUCUCUUUCCAUUUCUUUUCCAGAGCAAAUAUGGAGGAUUCGAAGCUGUGCAGGUACUUAAGCUUCUGCAUGAUCCUCACGGUCCUCGGUUUGCUCGUGAACGGUGCCGCAUCGGAAGUUUACACGGUAGGUGACAGCGACGAAUGGAACAGUGGCGUAAAUUACGGCGUGUGGUCUCAGAAAUACAAUUUCAGCGUCGGCGAUGUGCUUGCCUUCAAGUACAUAAAAGGCCAACACAACACAUAUGAAGUGACCGAGUCGACGUUCCGCUCAUGCGACACGAGCACCGGCGUGCUGGCCAAGCACACGAGCGGCAACGACCAGGUCACCCUCACCGAAGCCAAGAAGUACUGGUUCGUCUGCAGCGUGUUAGGUCAUUGCCUCGGCGGAAUGAGGUUCGGCAUCACCGUGAAAGAAUCGAACACCACAGAGAGCCCACCUCUGGCUCCGCAAUCGGUCUCCGGCGCCUCCACAAAUCAAUGA